GCGCUGUUUCACUUCUGUUCAAGUUAAGGACGAAAAGGAAAGCAGAAAAAAAAAAAAACAAGCCGGAGCGAUUGGAUUUCUGGAUGACGAUCCACCUCUGUGGCUGCACCCUCGCUCCAGUCUAGACGUCACUUCACUACGGCCAACGCCGGCUAGUUAGCUGCUUCGUAUUUUUUUUGUUUGGGCCAAAAUGUCGACCACAACCGGCGGCGGGGAGUUCGGCAACCCUCUUCGGAAGUUCAAGCUCGUCUUCCUGGGCGAGCAGAGCGUGGGAAAGACUUCGCUCAUCACCAGGUUUAUGUAUGACAGCUUUGACAACACCUACCAGGCGACAAUUGGCAUUGACUUUUUGUCAAAAACCAUGUACCUAGAAGAUCGCACGGUCCGACUCCAGCUUUGGGACACUGCCGGACAGGAGCGCUUUCGUAGCCUAAUUCCCAGCUACAUCCGUGACUCUACCAUUGCCGUGGUUGUGUAUGACAUCACCAAUCUCAACUCCUUCCAACAAACCUCAAAGUGGAUUGACGACGUUAGAACGGAGAGAGGAAGUGAUGUCAUCAUCAUGCUUGUCGGGAACAAAACAGACCUGGCGGAUAAAAGACAGAUCACCACGGAGGAGGGCGAGCAGAGAGCUAAGGAACUGAAUGUCAUGUUCAUUGAAACCAGCGCAAAGACUGGCUACAAUGUCAAACAGCUGUUCCGUCGUGUCGCCGCUGCGUUGCCCGGAAUGGACAGCACAGCGGAGAAAAGCAAAGAAGACAUGAUCGACAUCAAACUGGAGAAGCAGCCAGAGAUGACGGUCACCGAGAGCAGCUGCUCGUGCUAGUACACGACACCCACCCGCCCCCACCGCGCCCUCACCCCAUCAAGCGUGUCCCUCGCCGCCACCCCCACCCGUCGCCCAUCCGCCACCGCCAACGGUUUGUCUCUCUGUGGUCACUCGGGGACCAAACGCCUCCCGAGCUCCGGCGUGGAUGCGCGUUACCGUACCCAAACGGAGAAUCCACAUGUACGAAUGGAUCCGCUUUUUCAGUUCGGUCCGGUUGCGUGGCAUUCCACUAAAUAGAAGCGCGGACCCACUCGGCUAAACGGCUUGUCGGGUUCAUCGCGCGAGCUCGGAGUCUACGUGCUGUGGCUCUUUUUUUUUUUUUUUUUUUGUCAUUGUUGUCACGUAAAAAAAAAAAAAAAACGUAACAAAAAAUGCAUUUUCUGGAUACUUUAAAUGACUCCGCUCGGUUCAGUUCUCAACAUUUGUCUUAUCUUUUUUUUUUUUAAAUUUAAUCUUCAAUAGUUUGAAGUUCUGAGCCGGCCGCUUAUCUCUCCAGUUCUGUGUUGCGUUUUAAGGAAGUAGAACAAGAGCGUACUAAUCGUCACAUACUUCACACGGUUUUUGGCUCACUUUGUGACAUAAUAACACACACGUAACACAUCAGGACGCGCUAAUAGGUGCGUAAUUCGGUAGUACCAAGGAAAGCCCUUCCGAUUCCGUAUCCUUGACGACUGGCUUUGAAGGUGUCAGUGCACUCUGACAAAGUAGUAAAACCGUUUGUCGCACUUGUACAACGACUGUCACUGAUUUUUCCCUUUACUAGUGCCACUUUUGGCCUUAGUCGUGGACUACUGUGCUGCACUGGAACCAAGUAUUAGCCAUGUCCCGUGCACUAGAACAGGGGUGUCAAACUCAUUUUUGUCGCGGGCCGCAUUGUAGUUCGGGUUUCCCCUCAGAGGGCCGUUAUGACUGUGAAACCAUAAAAAUCGUUUUAUCGCCUGAUCGUAUUGACACGUGAAAUUUAUGAAUCACUUUUGGAAUCAGAAAUUGAGGGUAAUGGGUUUUUCCAACCAUUCUUGAUGUUUGGUAAUGUAAAAAAAAAAACACUUGCAAUACCUCAACGUUAUGAUUUAUAAUGUGACAAUUUGAAAUUUUGGUACAGAUUUGAACAAGACUCACAGAAGUUGACAUACAUGAUUUGCCUUCGUGGGCCACAUAAAAUCGUGCGGCGGGCCGGAUCUGGCCCCCCGGGCCCUGAGUUUGACAACUGUGCACUAGAACCUUCCGUCUUCGAGGACAUCAAUGAAAUGCUAAAGUGGGUUUCUACAAAGCCCUUUAAGUGUCAUAAUAGUAAUGUUUUUUCCACUAUUAAUUCCACUUUUGGCCUACUAGUAUGUAAUUACACUUGACUAAUUAGCACGUGAUUAGACCUUACGAAUAAACCGCUGCACUGGGAAUCAGCAGUUGUCAAAUUUUGUUUCUAGUUGUAGUCGGAGCCAACUAAUCAAAAUCUUUGCCUCAAUAGUAACGUUUACAGGGAGUCCUCAGUCUACGACAUCCGUUCCUAGAGUAGAGACAUCAUUCGAAUUUCGACGCAAGUUAGAUUCUGCCGAUAAAGUCAGAAUUGACAUCAAAAUACUUUGUAUCAAAAACAAAUACAUUGAAAUAAGAUGUAGACGUACUGAGGCAGAUGGAGAAGAAGACGGGGAGGCCGUGCGAAGGAACCUGGUCCUCAAUCCUCCCCAUCUCGACAAGUAUCAAAGAACCUUGUUUUGUGAUCAUUGUAUCCAACAUCGGAACGGAAACCUUCGCAUGCUCUAAAAUACGGGCUUUGUCUUUAAUAUUGUAUGAUACAAACACGGAUGAGCAUUAGCCAGACAAAAUGGCGGACGGGGAAUGUAAAGUCUAAACGUCUUAACCCGAGGACUCCCUGUCGUUCUACUACUAUUGCAAAGUUGGAAUAAAGUAUGGAAUCAAUACCUGAACAAAUGGCUUUCCAUAUUGUAUUUUUAGCAUUUAUUCAAUAUCAUAUAUCAGAAGGCUACUUAGUGUGACACAUGCUUACCGGCUGGCCCUACUAGUGCAACAUAGUAUGUAUACUAGUAUGGUCUAAUUGUGUACUGCCUGGCAAAAAGUGACACUGGGGAAACCAUUCCUCAAAAGACAGUCGUUCUACAAGUGUGUGCAAUCUAUUAGUGAGGAUAGGAUACUAGUAUAUAGACCGUAAGAUGGAUAUCAAGGAAAUGAAAUAAAUGCUUAGAUGAUUAGCCAAUAGACGGUCUUAGAUCUGCAAAAUAUAUUUAAUGAACUUGGGAAUUCAUGAUUUGUAGUCCAAGCCCCGAGGAAGCGAAGCAGCCCCAAACCGAGACGCCCUCCCGAGCAUAACCGCUGAAGCGCGCGUUACCGAGCGAUUUCACCAGAAGCCAUCCCGCGUUGACACCGACACGUGUCGGAAUAGUAACGAGGGCGCGAGGAAGCCGCCACUGCACCCUCCCAGAUGACAUCUCCGACCUUUCCCCACUGUUUUGAUCACACCGCGCAUCCCGGAGCACGCCCGCGACGCGGGAUUUCGACACAGAUGCCUUGCUUGUUUUAUUCACCGACGUUGUGCACUGAAUCAAGCCACAAAUAUUGUAAAAUAUACGAAAAGGGAAUCCGGUUGUUGACUUGGACCGGUUUACUAGAGCCGGCAGAUGAGAGCGUCCCCCUAGCUGCCCCGCCCCCCUCCCGUAAAGAAGGCUUACUAACACCCCCCCUCGCUGUAAAAAAAAAAAAAAAAAAAAAAGCCUGCGUUAGUCGUGAACCCUUCGCUGUAUUGCUAUUAUUGCUCGUGUAGGCCUUGUUAAUAUGUGAUUAUUUAUUCAGGAACUCGGACAUACACACAUUAAAAAAAAAAAAAAAAAAAAAUUGCUUGACCAAAAGUGCAAAUGCUGAUGCGCAUGUCGAAAAGAUGUUUUAUUUAUUUGCGUGUCUGCCGAGGACUCUCUCUCACUCUUUUUCUCGCUCUCUCGUUCUCUAGGCAUUGUCAUACAGUUAGAAAGGACUUCUCGCGGGUGUGUUGUCAUAGUAACACUGUUUACAGUCAAGGCCGCAAUGGUCACACACACGGUGGAACAAACCAAUUAUUUAGCCACAGCUUAACACGCCGGUCGGUCCUCGUCGGCCGUCGCUGGUUUGAAAACUACGCGUUAACGUUUAAUUUUUUUUUUAUUUUUUUUUAAACGAAAAGAUUUGGAGCUCUUCUUUGACUCGCCACUUAAUACUCCAGCUUUGUGCUCUUGGAAAUCGUGUCUGUCCAACUUGUGUUUAGCAAAUGUCGUGUGAAUACUUACUACUAUCCGGUGUGUAAAAAGGAGCGUUGAUGGCAUACAAGUGUCGGCCUGUCACAUGGAAUACAAUAAAAAAUUAUUUCACCAAA